AUGGUGUUCUUGUCUGUCAUUGAACUAAGAGCAGCAAUUCAAGACAGGACCAAAGAAUGGGUUGUGAAGAAGUAUGUGGGUGAGCAUACAUGUGAAAGAGAGUGGGCACUCAAGCAAUUUAUAGCAAGAUAUUUCGCUGGCAAGUAUGUGGAAACAUUUAGAGCUGAUGAGAAGAUGACACUACAGAACUUUGGCAGACUUGUUCAGUUGGACUACAACAUGCUACCUACUAGAAGUAAGCUAGCUAGAUCAAGGAGGAUUGCACUAAAGAAAAUUCAUGGAGAUGAACUUGAGCAGUAUAAUUUACUGUGGGACUUUGCAGCUGAAAUCAGAAGAUCAAACCCUGGCAGUACCAUGUUUGCGAAUGCAAACAAUGGAAAGCUUGAGAACUGCUACAUGGCCUUAGAUGCAUGCAAAAGGGGUUUUCUGCUAGCUUGUAGGCCCAUUAUAUGCAUUUAUGGGUGUCACAUUAAGAACAAGUAUGGUGGAGUGGUGCUGACAGCUGUUGGAGUUGAUCCUAACGAUUGCAUCUUUCCCAUUGCAAUUGCCAUAGUAGAAUUGGAAGAUACUGUCACAUGGAAGUGGUUAUUGAACACACUGAAGGAGGAUCUAAACAUAGAAAACACAGCACCAUGGACAUUGAUGAGUGAUAGGCAGAAGGGGUUGAUCAAUGUUGUCAAUGCAAUGUUUCCUCAUGCACAACAUAGAUUUUAUGUGAGGCAUCUGCAUCAAAACUUUGCAAAGAACUGGAAAGGUGAUGUAUUCAAGAAUAAAUUGUGGAAAAUUGCAAGAGCUACACAUGAGUCAGACUGGAAGAAGUACAUGCAAGAGAUGAAAGAGCUGGACCAGGCGGCCUAUGAGUACUUGGAUGCAGUUGACCCAAGGCAGUGGUGCAAGGCCUAUUUCCAUGAACUCCCAAAGUGUGAUUUGCUUCUGAACAACAGCUGUGAAGUGUUCAACAAGUAUAUACUUGAUGCCAGAGAAAUGCCUACAGUUACUUGUCUUAAGAAGAUCAAGGACCAAUUAAUGACUAGGUUUUAUAGCAAGAAUCUAGAAUCUGAGGAGAUGUGUGGUCAAAUUUGUCCCAAAAUUAGAAAGAAACUGGACAAAAAUAUUAAGAUGUCCAACAACUGCACUGCAUUACCAGCUGGACAACACAUAUUUCAUGUUAUAGGCAUGGUUGGGGAGUAUGAUGUGAACAUACAAAAGGAGGAGUGCUCUUGUAGGGCAUGGCAGCUCUCUGGAAUUCCAUGUAGACAUGGAGUUGCAUGUUUAAGACAUGAAAGAACUAAACCAGAGGAUGUUGUCAACAAGUGCUAUAGCAUUGAUGCUUUCAAAGCUGCUUAUGGCAAGAUCAUAAUGCCAUGUAGCGAUCCUAGAGUGUGGCCUAAAACUAAUGGGCCUCAAAUGCUGCCACCAAACUAUGAGAAGAAAGUUGGUAGGCCUGGAAAGAAGAGAAAGAAGAACCCACUAGAGGAGGACAAUGGAACUAGGAUGAGCACACAUGGCAUUAUUGGACACUGUAGUGUGUGCAAUCAACCAGGACACAACAAAAGAAAGUGCCCUGAACUAGGUAGUGGACAACCAACAACAACACAAGAUCCUGGAGCAGCACAUGAGGCAGGAGCAGAACAUGAGCCAGCAGCAGAAGAGGCAGUAGCAGAACAUGAUCCAGCAGCAGAACAUGCAGCAAUAGAACAUGUGCCAACAACAGAAGAUGAGCCAGCAGUACAAGAGCUACAACCAAUUCAGGUUGUGCUUCCAGAAACAUAG